CGUUACACCUCCUCGUCUCCAGAUUUUUACUAUUUCUCUCUCAUUUUGUAGCGCCCUCUUUCUCUGCAUCGACGAAUCGCAAUCCCAGCCUGCUGGGCUCUAGAACAAAUGGUCAAUCGGGCGUGUGUUGUCUCGGUCUGCUUCGAGACCACAUUCGAACGAGAAGUUGAAGUCAAGCAGUUAGUGUUCGAGGGGUUUUGCCAGGCUAGAGGGUUUCUUAUUUUCUACUUUCAUUAUAAUUCCUUUUUUGGACCUGUGAGCGGAUGGAUUCGGUGUCUUCGUCAUUGCCAAGAGAUGGGUCGACGGCGGCGGUGGGGACGUUAGGGGACGAAGCUGCUUUUUCUGUUACAGCGGGGUUGGCAAAGGAGGCUGCUUUGCUCUUUCAGGCUGGGAAGUUUGUCGAUUGUUUGGGCAUAUUGAAUCGGCUGUUGCAGAAGAAGGACGAUCCGAGGGUUCGUCAUAAUAUAAUUAUUGCUGAGAAUGUUGGAGAUGGCUGUUCAGAUCCUAAAAAGCUUACUGAAGAUCUUGAAAACAUAAAGAUAAAAAUUGAAGAGCUUGCUCGUGCUCCCAGAGAACACUCAGAUGUUACUAACAAUGAUGAAGAAAAGCCUAUAGUUGCCUUGAAGGGUACCAAUAAUGCUGUUCAUGAGUUUUCUGAUUCCUCAGCUGUUUAUGGAAAUGAGUUUGAUACCUCAGUUGCUAUGUACAACAUAGCUGUUGUUUGGUUUCACCUUCAUGACUAUGAGAAAUCAUUCUCAUAUUUGGAUUCCUUGUAUCAGAACAUUGAACCACUUGAUGAGGGAACGGCCCUUCGGAUAUGCCUUUUGUUAGUAGAUAAUGCAUUACUUUCACACCAUGCGUCAAGAUCUGCUGAUGUAAUCAGCUACAUGGAAAAGGUUUUCUGUAUCAAUAGCUUGACCAACCUUGGAGAAAAUGGGCGGUCAGCUCAUCACCAAUCUUUAUCCAUAUCAAAACCUGCUUCACUUCCAAGCAAUUCAAUUCUCUCUGAUUCUUCUCAUGUCGAUUCAGUUGCAAAUGCAAAUACAUUGUUGGAGUAUUCUUUAACAAGAACUUCAUCUGAAGAAGCACUAGAAGAUCAGUCAUUACAGUUACUAUCUUCUCUUGAUAUUAGUGGGCAGAACCUCCAAGGACCUGGUGUUGCAGGUUUUAAUGACCUUUCAAGGAGCCAAACAGAGGAGUCCUCGUCAGUAGCCGAUUUGAGGCUUAAGCUGCAUCUGUUCAAAGUUCGGUUUUUCCUUCUCACAAGAAACCUUAAAGCAGCUAAGCGAGAAGUUAAGAUAGCUAUGAACUUAGCUCGUGGUAAAGAUUAUCCCAUGGCUCUAUAUUUGAAGUCACAGCUUGAAUAUGCUCGUAGGAACCACCGGAAAGCAAUCAAGCUUUUGAUGGCAUCAAGCAACUGCGCAGAAACUGGUUUCCCCAGCAUGUACUACAACAAUCUUGGGUGCAUCUAUCACCAACUCGGGAAGCAUCACACUUCUGGUGUAUUCUUUACUAAAGCCCUAAAAAACAGCUCACAUGCUAGGAAAGAAAAACCUCCAAAACUCCUGACUUUGUCGUAUGAUAAAUCCCUCCUCAUAUCAUAUAAUUGUGGCGCGCAUUACUUGGCCUGUGGGAAACCUUUCCAUGCAGUUAAGUGUUUUCAGAAGGCCAGUCUAAUUUUCUACAACAGACCCCUUCUAUGGCUGCGAGUCGCUGAGUGUUGUCUGAUGGCCUUGGGAAAGGGACUCAUAAAACCUAAUUCCCCUGCUUUUGACAAAUCCGACAUCCGAGCUAAGGUUAUUGGAAAAGGAAAAUGGAGGCAGCUUGCUCUAAAUUAUGGGGUUUCACCAAACGGGCAGUGUGAAUAUUUUGGAGAGGAUGAAUUGAUUCCAGAUGAGGACAUGCAGUCUGAUCUAUCAAUGUCUCUUGCCCGUCAAUGUCUUGUCAAUGCCCUAUAUUUGUUAGAUUUCUCUGCGGAAAGAUGUUUCAGACUGGGUUCAUCUCCUACCGGGGAAAAUGAAUCAACAGAAAAAAUAGUUUCUGCAGACCAGAAACCGGUCACUGGCGAUCCCAAAGAAUCCAGUCUUGCUUCGAAUACAGUUCAACCCAAUUCAAAUGGCGAAAUGAAAGAGGAAAAAAGUGUAAACAGCCAGAGUGCUGUGCUGCAGAACUCCAUUACUGACUAUGAGUGUAACUGUGUGAGUGAGAACCAGAUGAUUCGGCAAGCUGCACUUGCAGAUUUGGCUUAUGUAGAGUUGGCACUAGGAAAUCCCCUGAAAGCUUUAUCAGUGGCGAAAUCUCUGUCAAAUAUUCCUGAUUGUUCGAGGGUAUACAUAUUUUUGGCAACCAUGUAUAUAUCAGAGGCUUUAUGCAUGCUAAAUCAGCCGGAGGAGGCUGCUGAACAUUUAAUGAGAUAUAUCUCAGGCGGGAACAAUGUCGAGCUUCCCUAUGACUGGGAGGACUAUGGAAAGUGGGAGGUACACAAAAUGGCUGAUAAUGAAGACCCGAAUGCUGAUGAAUCUCAAGGAUAUGUGUUCCCGAGUCCUGAAGUGGCUCGAGGAUUCUUUUGCGCAAAUUAUGCUGCUAAUCUGGCAUUGUUGGGGGAGUUUGAUGAAGCUCACCAUUUUGUAAUGGAAGCCUUGUCGGCGAUACCAAGUAGUCCCCAUGCUAUCAUCACUGGUAUCUAUUUGGAUCUAAAGCAUGGGAAAACACAAGCAGCAAUUGCUAAGUUGAAACAUCACAGUGCCGUUAGGUUUCUUCCAGGCAUUCUUGGCAUGACGAAUGGCACUUCUUGAUGGGCGGCGAUUUAGCUUUGAUUGUUUUUAAGGACAGCAUCGGUCUUUCUGUUCCAUCCAGCCCACACCUCACUGUGAUUUACCAGCAGGUAGCUUUGACAGAUUUUUGUAACAUAUAUAUAUAUAUAUAGUUCUCAUCAUCAAUUUAGGGAAUAAACUUUUUCAUUCCAAUCUCAAUAUUUGUGCUUUCCAUUAAAAACAUAAUUUUUUCUUCUAAAAAUAGGCUAAGAGUGGUUGGUGGUGUGGCUUAAUUGGAGUGUUUGAUUCAUCUCUAUCGUCAGAGCUCAUUUGAAUUCAGUAACGUGUUUUCGCUUGAUUUGGUUACCAUUCCAUAGUGAUUUCAAUGCUAACCUCUAACAUUGGUAAAGAGUUCAAAGUAGGUGGUGGUGAUAGGCA